AGCCAGCGCUUUUCAGUCAAACAGAUAACCUACGUGUAUUGGACCGUAUGCUACUGUAAGCAAGACAACGCGAGCUAUCUGUUGUGGACGCUCUUUUUCUGCUGAUAAUUUCAAAGCAAAUGCGGACUGUGUGUGGAUUAUCUCUGUGCUGUUCGAUUCGUUCUACUGUGCUCGGAUUUUCAUGUUCAAUUUGUGCGCUUCGAGUUUGAAUCGGUGUUAAACAUGCUUUCGCGACUGAAACUCUUAUGUGAACAUGCCAUAAUAAACAAGGAUGUGGAGUGAUUCUCAGAAAUAGAAAAAUUCCGAAAAUUCAGAACUUCAAAAAUUACCAAGGCACCUCUACGCAUACACCUACCGGCCCCCGAAUAUGGUCUGUCAUCAAGCGCUUGAGGAGCCUUCCAACAUGGGGCUGCAAGCUGUGGGGAGCAAACGUAAACUAGAGGAUUGCGAAGCCGAGCUGGGGCAACCAGUGAAGUACUGCAAGCAGGUGGAAGAAUGGGACGACGACCACUACUACUUCCCGUCGAAACCCUACGUGUACCAACCUCCAGGGGAUGACUACGGUCACCAUUGGAGUUACCAGUCGCAGCAGACGAUACGAUGCGACAAGAACGGAAAGUCCUACCUCGACCUGGGCAGCUGGAAUGGCAACGCCAACGGCCGCUGCUGCACCGGAAAAGUUGGAUGGUGCUCCCGCGGUCCCGCGUGUUAUAGACAAAAGCGUCUCGCAGUGCUCAAUAUUUCAAUGUGUAAACUAGGCCGAUAUAGACAAUUCUCAGACCCGAGUCUCCAUAGGUCAGUUCUAAUUUGCAACACGCUCAGGCUCAUAGAGCGGGAGAUGGAGCAAGAGGGUUGUUUAAAUAGUAAUAAUAAUAGUAAUAGCAAUAAUAGUACCGUUUUGACGUCGCCUUUCGACAGUCCUGUCGAAUCGACGACGCCGUGCGAAAUCCCUAGGUGCCCGACGCCUUAUCCUACGUCCGUGGACGACUUAGACUCGGGGCUUGGAGAUGAUAGCCGAAGUAUUAAUUGGGGCUCCGUGCUCAGUCUUUCAAGUCAGUCCGAUCUGGACCCCCUAAACAACAACGGCGGUCUCGGCGACGACACUCAAGAUCUAGACGACCUCCUCCCUAGUUGGAAGCUAUCGCCAAGUGAUACCUCAAGGACAGACAGUGAAUUAGAUAAUUUAAUGCAUGUUCUCAUCGGCACGUGACAUACGCAGGACGCGUGAACUUUCACCGAGAUCUUUUCAAUGUAAUGCUCAAUUGACUUUCUGUCAUGGCACAGCCGGGAACGGCCCCCGAAAGGUCCGCUCCAAGAAGGAUACGCGAAGACAUUGUUACCAAAAUUUUUCCGCAAUAAAAUUCAUCGCACCAAGUUUUCUGUGACUCUCCAACUGAAAGGGUAAUUUCUCUGUCAAUUAUUUUUCAAAUUUAGGCAAAAUUCGCUGUUUCACAGUUGAUCUUUCCCUAAUAUUUUUUGGAACUGUGUCCAAAAUUGCUUCGGAUGAGCAAAUUUUCAGUACCUAUUCUCAUCCUCGCUCACAAUAAAGUCACUUUUGAUGCAUCUUAUGAACCCCUAGUGAAAUCAAUGAAAUCUGUUCAGUCGAUGAUAUCUUUUCUUGAGAGUACGUACACCUGGGGUAAAGCAGCUAGCACGUUAGGACUUGGCAGAAAAAUCAGAAACUGGAACUUAGGUUUAUAAUGAAAUUGAUCUAAUCAAUCAAUAAAUUCAUUAAUCGAUCAAAAUUUAAAACAUUUACCCAUUUCUAUCUCAAUGCUGUUAUGUUCCCCUUUAUUCGCUUUAAAUCUGAAUACCUAUCUAUUCCUCAAGACGUAUUUGAAGUAAUCUUUGCAACAACUGUGGCAAGGGUAACUUCAUAAGUUUCGUGCGCCAAAGUCGUUAGUUUCCGCCAUAAUAAUGACUUAAAAAAUAAAUCUCAAUAUUUAUCAAGAAGGAAACUCUACUAAGGGCUUUAACAUAAUUUUCAAGUAAAAUAAACAUCAGGUAUAGUAACUGGGAACAAAAUGUAACGAAAGACGUCUGUUUAGAUUUACUGAGAUGGAUCACAUGAUUUAUUUUUAAAAACUUAUGGACCACGUAAAAAUCAAUCAAAGAGGUCAGUUCUUUCUAAAUUUUUAACAUUUCUUUUUAAGUUUCAGCUCUAAACAUUCAUGAGUUUGUUCAAUGCUAAACUCAACAGUCAAUUUUAAUCUAAGAUUUUUUUCUGAUAUAAUUAUGUAGUUCCCGAAAGUAGCGAUCUCAUUUAAACUUCCUGGGGGUGGAACAUUUAAAAUUGGCAGUUAUUAAGACAGAUUUUGGUAAUGUUUCCUGUGUAGCUACCAACUCACAGUUAAAUCCUAGUCAAGUGCGUUUUCUUUUUACAUUCUGCCCAGUACCUUUCUCCGGCUGUGCCCGUCCUUUCAAUUGAUGUUCUUCUCUGUUUCUGAAACUCUUGAGUGUUGUGAUUGUGUAAGAAUAUUGUUGUUACCUAUUGAUUUAAGUUAAAAGGAUGUUUAUAAUAUAAAUACUUUAAUUUAUUCUUAAUUUUUCUCUUUUUGAUUUGUUUUCGAUUAACAUUCCGUUAUGUUUAGUGUCAGCAAAACUCUUAAAAACUUUGUUUUUGUCAUCCGCACCGUCCAGUUAUGCGACAACUUAUAUCGAGGAUACUCGAAAAAUUGCCAAAAAUACAAACUCCAAGUUCUGUUAAAGCUGAAUUAUCAGCGGAAAAAAUUAUCAAAUCAGUAGCAGAUCCAAAAAAUUUGUGAUUGGUAUCUAAAAAGCAAUAUUUUGAUUUGAAACUUAACAAAACUGAUUCAAAACUGAACUCUUAAUCGUUGCUUUUCGAAAUUUCAAGGCCUAUUUCAUUUUUUAAAGAAAGCAAACCAAUUUUAUUGCUUACAAUUCACGCAGGAUAUUCUUUUCAAAGAGAAAAAGUCACCAAUAUUCUCAUGUUGACUCGUUUUCCCUUGAAAAAUGAAGUAGUGGUAGCAUUUAGCUUUGUUGCUAAUUGAGGUAUUUGUUUUCAUAGUUUUGCCAUCAUUGUGUAAUUUAAUCUUCAGUAAGAAGCAAGAAAAUUUUGCCUGAUAGCAUGUCAUUAUGUCAUUUUUAUUCAGCAAGCGCUUAAAAAUUAUAAAAUUAUAGAGAGUCUGCACUGAAUGAAGUAAAAGAUGUUGAUUCUUUGUUCUAAAUUGCCAUCAUUUAACCCUAAAGCUUCAGUUGAUUAUGAAGUGCAAUAUUCACAAGCAAAAGAAAUCCUUUGAUAUUUUAUGAACAAUCAAAAUAUGAAAUCAAACUCAAAUCAAUUUUUAAAACCUUUUGCUUGUUUUUCUAAACUUCUAUGAGUAUGUUCGUCAUUCCUUCUAUAAAGGGAAGUAACUACAUUUUGACUUUGUCCAAUUUCUUUCAAAUUUUUUAUUUUUACCUAAUGCCACCAGACAUUUUUCAUUGAAACUUUCACAGAUUGGCACUUGAUAAAUUAUUGUCUAAAUUCAGUGGAAUUUUAGACAGGAAUUACGCGUUCGUUUUCAUGUAAAAAAAAGAAUGGUGAAAGAAGAUUGGGCAACCUCGGAAUGAAGAUAUUUUCCUUUGUCUGAGGAACAACGGAUUUUCCAAUCAGAUUUGGAAAAGAAAAUCAAGUUUCAUUUUUGAUCACCAAGAAAGAUCAGUCGUGUAUUUGAAAUUUUGAUGUAUCCAAAAGAUUUUCCUCUUGAUUCAAUAUUGUCUUGACUAUGUUCGUUUGAUCAUUGUUUCAUUUAUUUUAAUUUGAUUAAAAGGUAUGCUCAAAAUAUCGUAUGUUUGUGCGUCAUUAAUUACUCUUUUUCAUUUGAUCAAUCAUUGUUAAUUUCGAUCAAUUUUUCCAUGAUUCAUGUGGUCUCAAUUCAUUCACCCACAAGGGCAGUUCAAGAAUCCAUUGUUAUGAUCUUUGUUUCCAGCAGAUCAAUGCAUAUUUUCUUCUAUUAUUAUAUUAUUUUAUUUACUUAUUGAAAUUUUUGCGCACAUUUUUCGAUUCAUAGAAAAACCAGUUGAUAUUAUUCACUCAACGAUAAAUUGUCAAUUAAUGUUAAGAAUGUUUGCUGUCAUAAUUGUGUCUUGUAAAUUAGGCUGAUUUCUAGCUCAGUCUUCUGAAUCUUUUAUUUUGCAGAAAAUCUAAACUUUUCCCUCGAUUACUAACCUUGAAAUUUCUUUGUUUGGCGUUCGAAAAAGUAGUAAAAUGAAUUCCUUUUCACUUUUAAUAAAUCAACUUUUUUUUUUUUUUUUUUUUAAAUUUUUUUUUACCAACGAAAUAACAGAAUAGCUGUACCAUUAAAGAUGGUUGCAAUUUUGAAGGAAAAGUUAUCUUCUCUCUCUUUCAUAUGAAGGUCUCACUCUUACAUGACGCAUUUUUUCUCCUUAAUCAACCCUUUCUCAGGAAUUGCCUAAUCUUCAACCAAAUUUACUACCCCUCUCCCUCUUCCAUAAUUUUCAAAAUUCGUUUGGCAGAACCUGCCUCAAGAAUAUUAAUUUCCCGCCACAAAAAGCUGUCCCCUCCCCCUUCCUCUUCUUCUCAAAUCUCACUGGAAUGUAGUGACAGAUAUCUUUCUCAUUUGUCGCUUUAUAUUCAUAUCCCUACACUUUUCUAAAUUCAGAAGUAUCAAUACAUUUCACAAUUUUGAUAAAUCUUCAAACUUUUUGAAUGAUUUGAUCACAGUUGAAACUCGCUAGGAAGGAGGCGUCAAGUCUUUUUCCUACUUAAUUAUUUACCCAUACAAUUGUAAAUUUUAGUUAAAAAUUGUUAAGCAUCAGUAAAUCAUUAUGAGUUGAGCUCUGCUGCAAUCUACGAUGAAUAAUUUUAAGCAUUCUGAUACGUAAGCACAAUCAAAGGCUCCCUAUAAAAUGUUUAAUGACACCUAAUCUUUGCUCAGGUCAAAAUGAUUUACAUUUUAUCAUUUUAAAAUCAAAAUAUAUGUGUUACUAUAAUUUAAUUUUGUUCAAAAUUUUCUCUCAAACGUAUACCAAAGAUGAUACGAAUAACAUAAGCUCAGUACAAUUAAACAAAUGAUAUACUGACAGAUCUUGUUUAAACUAAUUGUGUACUUCUGAAACAAAUCUAUCCUAUACGAAUUGACUUUCUGCGUAGAAAAAAAGGAGGUGGUUGCAAUCUACGAUUUAUAUACCCUGUGACGUAGGUGGGCACAAGAUGGCGUCAAUAUUCGAGCAAAAUUCGAAAUCCAAACAAUGGAAAACGGACCAUAACGUCAAUUUUUGUUGUUUAGUUCAACCCAAAAUAUAAUCAAACACUUUAUAUAGGAUGACUUUUUCCACCUAUUAUACCAUUUUCAUGAAAAUUGAUAACAUAAAGCGUCAGUACCCACCUACGUCAUCGACAGAAUCCAAGAUGCCCAAAAUACGACCGCCUCCUUUUUUUUUCUUCCUGAAUUUUCUGUAUGACUUUUUGUCAUUUGCAUUGUCAUUAGAAUCAGCUUUGCGCCUCAAGUUGAUUAAAAUACUUCCGCGUCAUUAUACAAAUAUUGUGAAAUAAUUUUGUCCGUAAAAUCAAUUUUGCUUUAGGACCAAGAUUGUAUUCCUGUCUUGAUGAAUCAGCAUAAUUUGAGAAAAUGAAUUAACUGCUGCUGUAAGCAGUCAGGUAGCACAAGAACAAUAUCUCUCCCGCAAGGGAAGGAGUGAAUCGUGUUUAAAUAUUUUAAGUACUUUUUAUAGUAAUGCUCUCUAUAAUUUAUUUUUAUUGUUUAAUUUUAUUCUCAGAAGGUUUAUCGAGAAUCAGUGAAGCUCACAAUUCAUGAACAAAUUCUAAAUUAAAUAUGUUUUGCAUACAAUGCAAAAUAAUUUCCCCUGAAAUUCCCACAAAACAAUGUGUCGAUCAUCUCCUAGCUUUUUUUUCACUUAACACUCGGUCAUAUUUAUCCUGCAAGUGACUGAAAGUCCGUCAUUCUUGCAUCGAUAAAAGUCAAUCACAAAAUUCCAUCUCUCGAAAGUAUUGUCCUAAAUUUAAUUAAAAGCAAUAUUUACCUUUUUUUUUUUUUUUUUAAUACUGCUACGUGGACCAGGUCAAGCAAAAAGGAACCAAGUCAUUUCAUCCAUUCCCAUAUUCCAUCGUACAAUUUAUUUUUUUACAGGAGAAUGGUCGUACAGAUUCCUUUGAAAAUUUUAGGUAAUUUGUUUCACAUCAGUGGAAAUCCUCCGAAAUUUUUGAAAAAAUCUACACUAGGCACUCUUCUCCUGUUAAAGAAUGAAUAUUCCCAUGAAAGUUGGCUAUGGCUGAUGCGGCUUGGCUUCUUCCUGCUCAAUGCAAUCCACUUUAUGUUUGCUGAACUAUCAACUCUAAUUUGGAUAAAUAUGGUCAGCUGCCAAAACUGAUGACUGAUUUCAGAGACCUGAUCAGGCAUAAAAUACCAAAUUUUUCAAAAAGCAAAAGUUAAUAACGAAUUAGUGUAUGAUUUGCCUCUUGAGUCAAGUUUCUGAAACCAUGUCUUGAAGUUCUAUGUUUCAGGUCUUUUAUCGCCCUUUUCUAAUUAAGGUUUUUUUUCUAAGGAUAAGUUACUUUUAAGUGCAAUAUGUGAUAUAAUUUUAAGUUGAUUAAUUGAUUAAUGUAUAAUAAAAUUUAUAUACAUAUAUUA